AUGACUUGCCAAGCGUUURCUUCAUCUGAUACCUUUGUACCCUUGAAUUCUGACUCUUCUUCUCUACCUCUGAUAAUGCAUCACAGCGCUGCAGAAUGCCUACCAGUUUCUAACCAUGCRACCAAUGUUGUGUCCACAGUCCCAUCUGUUUUGUCUUUGAUCCAAACUCCUAAAUGCUCCCAUGUCCACUUUGCCAUGACAACUUUGGGAAACACGUCGGCAGGUCUUCAUUACUCUGUGCCAUCUUGUCAUUAUGGAAAUCAACCAUCUACCUAUGGGGUGAUGACAGGCAUCAAGCCUGCAACUCCAGAGAUGCUCUCAGCAAGUCUCUCCCAGAGUCGCAUCUUACAGACRUGCAGCAUGCCCCAUCCCAGUGUAGUAAAUGGCGUCAGCACUUUACAAAGUAGCCUGACCCCUUGCCUUUAUAAAUUCCCUGAACAUGCUCUGAGUGCUGGUUCCUGUGCUCUGGGCCAUGGCUUCACCCCCAUGCACCAGUCCGUUCUCGGAGAUGAUCCCACAACCUCYGACUUCAAGCAGGAAUUCCGCAGGAAAAACAAGUCUGUUGAAGAGCCAAUAGACAUGGAUUCCCCUGAAAUACGGGAACURGAGAAAUUCGCCAAUGAAUUCAAACUGCGGAGAAUUAAGCUGGGCUAUACACAAACUAAUGUUGGAGAAGCACUAGCUGCUGUACAUGGCUCUGAAUUUAGCCAAACUACAAUUUGCCGAUUUGAAAACUUGCAGCUGAGUUUCAAGAAUGCAUGCAAACUGAAAUCAAUCCUGUCCAAGUGGCUGGAGGAAGCAGAACAAGUAGGAGCUUUAUACAAUGAAAAAGUUGGAGUGAACGAGCGGAAGAGAAAGCGCAGAACAACCAUAAGCAUUGCUGCCAAAGAAGCCCUAGAGAGGCACUUCGGAGAACAGAGUAAGCCUUCUUCUCAGGAAAUUAUGAGGAUGGCUGAGGGGCUCAAUCUUGAGAAAGAAGUUGUGAGAGUGUGGUUUUGCAACAGAAGACAAAGGGAAAAAAGAGUGAAGACAAGUUUACAUCAGAAUACCUUUAGUGCUAUUAUCAAGGAACAUCAUGAAUGCCGGUAA